GAGGCCACUCGCGGCCAGGCUGUAACCGGAGAGGGUCUUCUCUCUGCGGCUUCUGCCCCCGCGGAUCCCCGGGAGGCAGGGGCGACCUGGAGGAGGGAUGACAACAUGUUGAUGUUGGAACAUUCUCCGGAGACACUGAAGCUGCGGCAGCGUCGAUGCUCAUCAGCUGCAGGAAGCAGGUCUCUGUGAUAUGACCCGUUCUCUGCCUCCGCGCGUCGACUCUCACCAGACUCCCUUCUGAAAAUCUUCCUUGUACCGAUCAUCACACGCGCUGACGGAGCCGGAAACAACUUUACACGAGGUGUGUGCCAGCAGGAUGGAGGUUGUGUCCUCGUGUGUGUGAGUCAUGGCGUCCUCGUUGUCUCGGACGCAGCUCGGCCUCCGGGCCAAACUGCUGCGUCGGUACGAGCACCAGCCUCUGGUGUCGUGUCUGUCCGGCCUGUACGGCUGCAGGUGGAGACGCUGCGAGACGAGCCGCACUCAGCCCGGAGACUGCUGCUGCAGCAAGCUGGAAGGAGUCAGCUUCGCUCUGCUCGUGGCUGCUUUCUGCUUAACGCUGGUGUUUCUCUACUUCUGGGGAAACGCGGAGAACGACUACGACGACUUCGACUGGUUUAACUUUGGGAACCUGGGCUUCUGGUUCCCCUGGUCUGUGGUGCUGCUGGUCAUCGCUGCAGGUUUCUUUACCUACGUCGCGGUGCUCCUGCUGCUCGCUGUGUGUUUGCUGUCAGAGGGACAGAAACUGUAUUUACACUGGAGUCACAAGAUCGGGAUCCUGGUCAGUCUGGUGAUCACCGUGUUAGCCACGGCCGUCCUGUCCAGACUGUGGAGUAAAGAGUGGACAACGUUACUUCUUUCAUUUCAGGUAACGGCUCCUUAUUUACAUGUGGGCGGAGUCUUGCUGAUGACAGCGCUGGCUUGGCCAAUAGCUUUCCAUUUCUUUCGCAUGAACGGCAGAGUUCUUCAUGGCCUAGUCCUCAGUGUGUACCUCGUCCUCCUGUCUGCUCUCUACCUGGUGCCUCUCGGUUUGUAUUCUCCUUGUAUCAAAGAGGAGCUGAGCCUGGGCCCUGCACCGACCUUCAUCGGCCACCGGGGAGCCCCCAUGCUCGCUCCAGAAAACACUCUGAUGUCAUUUGAGAAGGCGGUGGAGGCAGGAAGUGAAGGUCUGGAGACCGACGUCACCAUCAGUUAUGAUGGAGUCCCCUUCCUGAUGCACGACCGCACGCUGCGGCGCACGACCAACAUCCACCAGGUUUUCCCAAACCGGACCGACACCGCGGCGGCCAUGUUUACCUGGGCGGAGCUGCAGAGCCUGAACGCCGGCUCCUGGUUCCUCUCAGUCGAUCCGUUCGGGACGGCCGGCUCACUGGGAGCAGACGAGCGUCAGCGGGCAGGAAACCAGUCGGUCUGCAGCCUGCAGGCCUUCCUCCAGCUGGCGGCUCACACGGACAAGCUGGUGAUCUUUGACCUCUACCGUCCGCCCAGUUCACACCCGUACAGCGACACCUGGAUCCAACGCACGCUGGAGGUCAUCCGCCAGUCGUCCAUUCGCUCCUCACAGGUGCUGUGGCUGCCGUCAGAUCUCAGGUCUGUUGUGAAUGAAUUUGACCCCGAGAUGCAGCAGACGUCAGGAAGUCGACUCCCUCUAGAGGAGCUCCAGAGCAACAACAUCGUCAAAAUGAACCUGGACUACGCGUCCAUGUCUGCCAAGCUCGUCAGUGAGUACGCCGCCGUGAACAUCACCACCAACCUGUAUGUGAUCAGUCAGCCGUGGCUCUACUCUCUGGCGUGGUGCUGUGGUGUCCACUCCGUCAGCACCAACGACCCCCAGCUCCUCAGCUCCAUGGGCUCCCCGCUCUUCCUCAUGACUCCAGGUGAGUACAACCUGAUUUGGAUUCUCACUGAUUUGCUGUCGCUGGUGUUGAUCGUACCCAUCUUCGUUUUUCACUGGUGGCGGGAGCGAGGACUGACUUCCUGCUCAGGCGACACAAUCUCACUGGACAAAGCCACUUACAGCAAGUUCCGGACGGAGAUGAGCGACAUAUGGUCGAUCUCCAGUGGGAACCAGCAAGCAGAGAAGAAGCCAAACCUGGCAACCGUCACAGUGACUUGACGUCCGCCGACACUGAGACACAAACUGCCGACCUCGAAGAUCUCAGUGAAUCACAUUCCAGAUUUAUUUUUACCUCAGAAACAAAAAAGCUCAGUGUAUUUUUAGCAAAUUUAAGUUUUAAAAGGAAGUGGACAAUAUUUUAGCGACUGAUCAGAAUCAAAAGUAUUUUCAGAUAUUUCUCUGAAGUCUCUGAAUCAAUCUAAACUCCAGAGGUGCAUUAAGAGAAAUAACGUUUUUCUGUUCUUUGCAAAAUGUCGUUUAUUCAGGUCU